AUGCCAGUGCUCGCUACUAAUGCUGAGUCAGAAACAGGUAUCCCAAAAUCCCUUUCUAAUGAGCUUCUAUCAGAAACCAUGGAGGAGAUAGAACACACAUGCCCUCAGCCUCGGUUGACUUUGUCUGCACCUGCUCCAUUUGCAGGUGAAACAAGCUGUCAGUGCAAAGCUCCUCAUGAGAAGCUAACCAUUGCUCAGGCCCGCCUGGGAACACCAGUUGACAGACCUGUCAGAGUCUAUGCAGAUGGGAUAUUUGAUCUCUUCCAUGCUGGUCAUGCCAGAGCUCUUAUGCAAGCCAAAACUCUCUUCCCUAAUAGCUACUUGUUAGUAGGAGUUUGCAGUGAUGAUCUAACACAUAAGUUUAAAGGAUUCACUGUAAUGAAUGAAACCGAGAGGUAUGAGGCCCUCAGACACUGCCGCUAUGUAGAUGAAGUCAUUAGAGAUGCUCCAUGGACACUUACACCUGAGUUUCUGGAAAAGCAUAAGAUUGAUUUUGUAGCCCAUGAUGAUAUUCCAUAUUCUUCCGCUGGUUCGGAUGAUGUGUAUAAGCACAUAAAGGAAGCAGGAAUGUUUGUACCAACUCAGAGAACAGAAGGCAUCUCAACGUCAGAUAUUAUCACCAGAAUCGUACGUGAUUAUGAUGUGUACGCCCGUCGUAAUCUUCAGAGAGGAUACACUGCUAAAGAGCUGAAUGUUAGUUUUAUAAAUGAAAAGAAAUACCGUUUUCAGAAUCAGGUAGACAAAAUGAAGGAAAAAGUCAAGAAUGUUGAAGAAAAAUCUAAAGAAUUUGUGAAUCGAGUGGAAGAAAAAAGUCACGAUCUCAUUCAGAAAUGGGAAGAGAAGUCCAGAGAAUUUAUUGGGAACUUCUUAGAACUAUUUGGACCAGAUGGAGCUUGGAAGCAGAUGUUUCAAGAGAGGAGUGGCCGCAUGCUCCAAGCCUUAUCUCCAAGACAAAGUCCCACAAGCAGUCCAACGCGAGGACGAUCUCCAUCACGGUCUCCAUCUCCCCCUUCUCCCUGGCUCUUCAGGAAAAUGUCACCCCCUUCAUCUCCAAAAGCUGCCUCAGCAUCCAUUAGCAGCAUGAGCGAGGGAGAUGAGUAUGAAAAAUAAAAAACAAAAUAAAAAUUACAAAGAAGAGAAACAAAGUACACAAAUGGCUCUCUAAUCCACAAGUGAAGUGGGAGAAACAAAAACAAUGCAUGGGAUACUUCUGAAACAGGAAGGGGGCACAACAUGGACACUGGAGAUCUCAGCUACA